AUGGGGGAGAAGCAGGAAGGAAACGGCCAUCUUCUGGCCAACGGUCACGCAAAGAUGAACGGCGCAUUGGAAAAGAUUGAAGUCGAGAUUUACAAAGAGGAAAACAUUUUUCUGUUCAUCCCGAACAUUAUUGGGUACACCAGAAUCGUACUUGCCGUUGCCUCCCUUUAUUAUAUGCCCCUUCAUCCACGGACAUGCUCGGGACUGUACAGUUUCUCCUGCAUUCUCGAUGCGGUCGACGGAUUAGCAGCAAGGCGAUAUAACCAGUCCACCACGUUUGGAGCUGUAUUGGACAUGGUGACCGAUCGAUGCACGACGUCGUGUCUGUUGGUGUUUCUGGCCUCUGCCUUUCCAAGAUGGGCCAUUGUUUUCCAAGGGCUGAUCAGCUUGGAUCUGGCAAGCCAUUACAUCCACAUGUACGCAACUUUGACCAUGGGUUCGAGCGGCCAGAGUCAUAAGAAGGUGGAUUCGAGCAGAAGUUAUAUCUUGCACCUUUACUAUACAAACCGAGUGGUUUUGUUUGUCUUUUGUGCCUUGAACGAACUAUUCUUUAUCGCGCUCUACCUCCUCUCCUUCUCCUCGCCUCUUCUGUCGCCCUCGCUUCUCGUCACCAACGAGAGUAUGAGUUCGACUCAACCCGGCUCCCCAGCCCAUCCUAAACCCAGCACAUUGUUUGCCAACCCGUGGAGCGCCGGCGCAUUGGAAAUGGCCCGUGCGAAUAAAAUGGACAGCACGGUGCCUUGGAUUCUGGCGGGGAUCAGCUUUCCGGUCAUGUUCGGGAAGCAAGUGAUCAACGUGAUUCAGCUGGUAAAAGCCAGUAAGUGGCUGGGCGAGGGCGACGUCGCAGCCCGGAAGAAGGCCAGGAUUGCAGCAGGAAAGAAGAAGGCUUGA